AUGCUCAACAUCACUCUUCCCUCCAGCAGAAACACUGCUCUCACCCCUGUCAAAGCUCCAAGAGAUCUCUUUACAGGGCUUCCCUACAUGAAGAAGAGAGACUCGCCGACCGACUACGAGAGUGCUCUCAAGUAUGGCGUUGAUGGAUUCAACGAGAUGAAAUCUAUACUCGAUUUCUUCUUCGAUGUUGCCGAAUUCCAACCAUCUCAUGGAAAAGGCGAAAUUGAAGACCAGCAGUCAGACGAAGAAAAUUUGGAAUACAAGCGAGCCCUCUACCACUGGGAAAGCGACGGCGAAUUCCCUCCUCAUUUGAGCACUGUUCCCAAGGGGGAUCAGCAAUCGCAUAUCUUCAAAUUCAAGCGACUCUACAACACUCUCCGUUUGGUAUACCCCUUUCUCCCACCUAUCGAUUUCUUCAAACGCAUGGCGCCUCCUCCAGUGGCCAACAUGGCCUAUCUGUAUGCCCGCAACAAGUUGCUCCAUAACGUUUCACCCGGCACAAAUAUGUAUGCGGCCGAGAACAUUGGCCUCCGUUCAGAUUGGUAUUCGGAUGCCGUUUUUGCCCACCAGCAAUUCAUUGGAGUCAAUCCCUGCACGAUUACAGCGGCACCGGAGGUAUGGAUCAAGGCGUUCACCCAUGCUGCCAUCCAUCAAGGAAACGCAGAGGCCGCUCGCCUCAUCUUGAACCCAAAGAAUUCGUUCUUUGUCCAGGACUACAGUUACUUCAGGUCCGUGGCGGGGAUGGGGCCCACCGAUGUGAUUUCCUCAGAUUUCGGACACGAAAAAGGCCACGAAACCCGCUUCGGCUGCGGCCCGGUCGUCCUGUUCCAGCUCUUGACCAUUGGAAGGCUUCAUCCGAUAGCCAUUAUCCUCGAUUACAAGGGCAGCAUUGACACCAGCGUCACUAUCUUCAAUCGCCACCUCGUCCCGAUGGCGUCUCCAGACCAGAAGUUCGACUGGCCCUGGCGCUACGCAAAGAUGUGCGCUCAGGUUGCGGAUUGGACGCGCCACGAGGUUGGGGUCCACUUGGUGCAAGCCCAUUUCCUUCAGGAGGCCAUCAGCGUUGCGGCUCAGCGCAGUCUUCCUGAUUCACAUAUCGUGCACGCGUUGCUCAGUCCUCAUUGGACCACAACCCUUUCGCUCAACGCCCUAGCUCGUUCGAGCAUGGUUCCGUUCAUGGUCGCUCCCAUUGCGCCAUUCAAGGUCCCAGAGUUGAUGGCUAUCGCCAGGGAUGCGUACUACUCUUACGACUUCGCAGGCUCGUACAUCCCCGAGGACCUCAAGAGGCGCGGCUUCGACAUCUCCCACUUCGACGAUCCUACCGGCCCAUACCAUAACUAUGCCUAUGGACGCAGCAUCUUGAAGAUCUGGAACGUCCUCCACAAGUUCGUUGGCUCAAUCUUGACCGCGCACUACCAGAACGGUGAUGCGGAUGUCCUCGCGGAUUCCUACGUUGCUGGCUUCUGUGCAGAGAUGCAGUCUGCGGAAGGUGGCCAUCUCACCCAAUUCCCUUCCGUGAAGACUUUGGCAGAGCUCAUCAACGUGGUCACGAUGUCCAUCCACAUUGCCGCACCUCAGCACACCGCUAUCAAUUAUCUCCAGCAGUUCUACAUGACCUUCGUCCCGAACAAGCCCUCCGGACUCUUCGCCCCUCUUCCCAACUCUCUUCACGAGCUGUUGAAGUUCAAGGAGGCGGACAUUCUCAAGGCCCUGCCCCUCCAUUCUCCGACUAGCUGGCUCAUGAUGGCACAGGUUCCGUACUUGCUUUCCGCGACGGUUGAGCCCAAGAACAACAUCGUCACUUAUGCGCAUGAUGCGGCGGCCAGCGCGAACCCGCUCAUUGCUUCGGCGGGCAAAAUUCUCUCGGACGACAUCGAGGGUCUCAAGAAGGUCUUCAAGGAGAUCAGCAAUCAGAUGGAUGACCAAGUCACGAAAUACAACGUCUUGGACCCAGACUACAUGGCUAAUGCGAUCGUCAUCUAG